CUUCCCUUACAGACUGAAUGCUAAUCACAUGACCAGGCAGGGCUGCUGCUGCUGCUGCUGCAGCUGGUGUUGUCGAGCUGUCAAAGGGAGGACCCAGUGUCAACCGAACAGUUAUUGUGGUGUUAAAUUUGUCUCUGGUGUGAUGGAGUUAAUAUGGGGUGGGUUUCCCACCCCGUGACAUGUGGACCGAAGCAAGACUACUUCACAUCAGAUCUGUUUCGCCGACAACACGGCUGACUGCUGUCAUGGCCUCCAGUUAUCUACCCCCCUUUGAAGGUGCAGGUGAAGUGAAGGAGGGCUUUCUCUGCCCGCUGUGCCUGAAGGACCUGCAGUCAUUCUACCAACUCCAAGACCACUACGAAGAAGAGCACUCUGGGGAUGACCGGCAUGUUCGGGGACAGCUCAAAAGUUUGGUCCAGAAGGCAAAGAAAGCCAAAGACAAGCUGCUGAAAAGGGACGGAGAGGACAGACCAGAUACAGGCAGUUAUGAGUCUUUCUACUAUGGUGGAGUGGACCCCUACAUGUGGGAACCUCAGGAACUGGGAGCGACCAAAAGUCAUCUGGACUUCUUUAAAAAGCACCGAGCAGCCAGGAUAGAUCACUAUGUCAUUGAGGUCAACAAGCUCAUCAUCAGACUGGAAAAGUUGACGUCGUUUGACAGGACCAACUCAGAUGCUGCUAGGAUCAGAGCCAUUGAAAAGUCAGUGGUGUCAUGGGUGAAUGACUCGGAUGUCCCGUUCUGUCCCGACUGUGGAAACAAGUUCAACAUCCGGAACAGGCGUCACCACUGUCGUCUCUGUGGGUCCAUCAUGUGUAGGAAGUGUAUGGAAUUCGUCCCCUUGCCUUUGGCCCAAAAGCUGACCAGUGGAACCCGGGAGGCCCUGUGUGUGCCUGGAAGCCCAGGUCAGACCCAGUCGCCCCCAGCAGGAGGUGGCGGCAGCGGGAUGGGCUCCAGGAGGGGCAGCAUCAGCAGCCUGAGCAGCGUUACCUCCAUGCUGGAGGAAAAGGAUGAUGAGAAGAUUCGCUGUUGUCACCACUGUAUGGACACGCUGCUGAAGAGGCAGCAGAAGUUGGAAGAGAAGGAUCAUGUGCCAGAUAUAGUGAAACUUUACGAGAGGCUGAGGAUGUGCAUGGAGAAGGUAGAUGAAAAGGCUCCAGAAUACAUCAGAAUGGCCGAGUCUCUUAAUGCCGGAGAAACCACAUACAAUCUUGACACUGCUGGUGGACUGAGACUGGAAGUACAGAAAUACUACGAACUGAUCGAUGCCCUGAGUAAGAAAAUUUUAACACUAAAUGCAAAAGAUGAUCCACCACCACAUCCGAAGUCUAUCCAGCUGCAGAAAAUGAUCCGCUAUACGGCCACGCUAUUUGUCCAGGAGAAGCUGUUGGGUCUUAUGUCUUUACCCACAAAGGAGAAAUAUGAAGAGCUCAAAGAAAAGAGGAAGGAGGAACAAGAGAAGAGACUUCAGCAAGAGAGACUGGCAUCCCAGGAGGCCCUGAAGAAGAGGCAGGAGUCAGAGAAGAACCGUCCACCCCCAAGCACCAAUGGAGAGCUGCCGCAGGCCCAUAGAGCUCCACGCAUGACCAAAGCUGGUGGUUGGCUGCCCUCUGCAGACUCUGCCAAUGCACGCAGCGAGCUGGAAGAUCCCCUCCUGCAGCAGAUUGAGAACAUCCAGUCAUUCCUUCGUCAAGCACGGGAAGCCCAGCGGACGGAUGAGGUAGCUAUGCUGGAGGAGAACUUGAGACAGCUGCAGGAUGAAUACGACCAGCAGCAGACCAGUCUGGCCAUUGCGCUCUCCCAGCAGUUGGCCGAGGAAGAGAGCUUGCAGCAGGGUGAGCUUGAUCGUCUGGAGACCCGGAAAAAGGAUGAGAGGGAGCACUGGGGCCCCGCUGUGGGGUCCACCCAGCCAUCCAUCACCUGGGGGAAGUUGCUUGAUAUCAGUCCAGCUGAGGGCUUCCAAGAAGAGGAGAAAGCUGAAGCAGAGGAUGAGCUGACUCCUAAAGCUGACAGGAGUCCAUCCUCUGUAAGAGCAUUCCCUGCUCUCUCAAGUCAGGAGGAGUCACCUCCCAGGCUGAGGAGCUUAGGUGGGCAUGUAACCCCCCCUGGUGGUGAAGGACAGAACUGCACCUCCCUUAACCCUUUCGAUGAGGAGUCAACUCCUAUAGAGGAGGAUCCAUCCAACCCCUUCUUUGAGGACAUCAAAAAGGAGCACAAAGAGGUAACCAAUGGGAAGAAAGAAUACAACCCCUUCGAUGAAGAUGAAGACAUCGAGGAGGACAAACAGGCUGAGACUGUAACUGGAAACCCCUUUGAGGAGGAGGAUGAUACUGACACAGGUAACCCUUUCCUUGAGGCGUCUGGGAAUUCUCCAGAAGUCUCGACCAACCCCUUUGACGGGGACGAUGAUGAGGUUUUGCCAGACGUGGACAUGAUAGAGGAGGAACUGCUGCUGCAGCAGAUUGACAACAUCAGGGCCUACAUUUUUGAUGCCAAACUCAGCGGCCGCCUCGAUGAGGUGGAGCUCCUGUCAGAGAACCUCAGAGAGCUGCAGCACACCCUACAGGAACAGAAAAAAAAGAAGCACUGACACAUUUCUUUCAACUCCCCGAGUCCGAUUACCCACUACUUACCAAGUCCUGCAAGGCUAGCUCACUUUACAUGACUUAUGAGCCCACUGCUUUUUGUUUGGGGGAGGUUUUCUGCACCGCAAAAAAGGUUAGGUUAGUCCCAAAAUCAAAUACAUGCUAGAUCUCAGUAGUCUGGAGUGACUGUUUAUUUCUCUCUUAAUUACUUAUCCUGCACAGGGGCGCAGAGUGCUGCUGCCUAUCCCAGCACAGUUCAUAAGCACUGCAAGUAGAAAUCCAUUCAUACAGGCAAGUUGCUGAAGCUAUUAACCCUGUUGUAUCAGUGCAAACAUGAGCAAUGGAAGAUAAAUUAAUGCCACUUAAAAGAUUUUUAAUGGGACUGUCAGAUGGUUACUUGAGUUGAGUUUGGCUGUACAGAAAUCAGGAUGUCUGGUUUGGCUCUUUGCCAGAAGAUCAAUGAACAAAGUCAAAAUGUAUUAAUAGCUAAGGGUAAAUGCACUUAGAGCCAUGAGGCAGACCGUGCAUGUUUUAAAAACUGUGGUUAUAUAACAAUUUUUUUUUCUUUUUUUUGUAAAGGUAAAUUUAUUGUAGAGGAACCAGAGAUAUUGUCUUUCUUUCACACUUCUUGUGGUUCUUUGUUGUUAUAAUGUACCACCUAUAUUACCCACAAUGCAACGGCUGACAGUCAGGUCAGAGAUUAGUGUUUGAAUGCUAGUAGCAGUUUAUUUAACCUCAAGCAAGUGACAGGAUUUAUUUGUUUUCAAUCUUGGCAUCGGUUUUCAACUUAAAGGACACUCAAGUUCACUCAAAAUGAAAAUUCAGUUGUUUUCUACUCAACUGUCAUGCUGAUGGAAAAUUGAGUGAAGCCUCAUUGGUCCACAAAAGUACCCAUCUCCUUCACUUGUUAAGAAGAAUAUGCCAACACUGUUUUGCUGUGAAGCUCCAGAAAUGUUUUUGCGGACAAUGAAACUUCACCCGACUUUCUAUCAGGAUGAGGAUGAUUAGAGGAUGACAGAAUUUUUCAUUUUUGGGUGAUCUCAUCCUUUAAAGUUUGCCGUAAUUGAAACUCCUGCCGUUGAUUAAACUUGUACCAAAGAACCAGACCAUACAUUUCUGAUCUAACUCGGCACUAAUCAUCCUCAGACAAAAUGACCAUCUGAUAAUUUAACAAGAAACAGUUCAAAUUAGAUUUUUAUAAUUGUAUUUGAAAGACACCUAACGUUGAAUAAUUUGUUAUAUAUUCAAAUUUAAUCACAUUCGUAAAUGACUAAUUCAGUCACGUGCUUUGCACCACUUAUUGCAGCAGCUGCCUUUGUGUCAUAGGGAUAUUAAAAGCACCUAACACAGAAUCAAGCCAUUCAUGUUGCUCCUGUAAGUUAAUUGUCACUCAUGACUAUGACAAGGCAAGGAAAAGCUUCUGAUCUUAAAUCAUACCGUUACUUACCAAGAACACCUUAAAUCGAAGUAUUUCUUCUAACAGCUGAUGAUUUCUGUUUCAGUGAAAGUUGCUUUUUCUGUACAAGCAAAUUGAAACCUGUUCCUCAGUGAUAACUUCUCGUCCUGUCUGCAUGUUUAUGAUCAAAGUGUUACUAAAGCCAAUUCACUUCAUCAGUCA